UGAGGCUUUACGUAUAUUUUAUAGGGCUGCAGCCCUAUCAAACCAUCUUCCUCUACUUAAACGCCAUCCGAUAGUUCUUUAUACGAGCUGCCUAUUGUAUUUCGGCAGCAAAUAACAAGGCCUCUGAAUCUAGAGGGAGAAAGAGUUUAGGCCAGUGAGGGAGGGAGAGUUUGGGAAGCUGACACCAGUGGUUUUAGAGAGAGAGAGGAAACGCAUUGGAAUUAGGUUUUGUCUGUUGCUUGGUGAUGGAUGUGCCUGGUUCUUCGAAGAAGAUGAUAGCAACACAGGAAGAGAUGGCGGAGGCUAAGGUACCGAUCCCCUACAGGGACCAGUGCGCUCACCUUCUCAUUCCUCUCAACAAUUGUAGAGUUGCGGAGUUCUAUCUUCCAUGGAAGUGUGAGAAUGAGAGGCACACGUAUGAGAAGUGUGAAUACGAAUUGGUAAUGGAGCGAAUGAUGCAGAUGCAGAAGAUUAGAGAAGAAGAAAAGCUCAAGAAGAAGCAAACCCAAGGGAUCCCUUUGAUUCCUAAGACUGCAGACGCCUAAAUUUCCCUUUUCAUGGAAAGCAGGGUUGGGCGUGUUCAAUUCUCAAUUUCUUUGUCAUUUCCUAUUUUCUACCCAUCAGGAUCCCAUAUUGAAAGAUCUUUUGUAUGAUACUGUGUCUAUGCGCUAAUGACAACUUUCAACAGGUUUUAUCCUGCUUCUGCUGUCUUUGGCUUCCAUACUGUUUGAAAGAAGGAAAAAACUUGGUCCUAACAUGAUCAAUAUGCUUUUAAUCGAUUGGAUCUUUUCUAUUGCAAACGAUGGUAUGGAUUUAUUUCUCC